AUGGUUGAUUUUUCCUCGCUCGGAGAGAUUGAUUCAGCUAUUGGAUUGGCACAAAAAGAGGCAACAAAUAAAAGUAUUGAAUUGAGUAGACAAGGGUUAAGCACAUUACAAAAAAUUGCUUAUGAUGCUCUAAUAAAAGGACAAAAUUUACUUGGUAAUCAAAUUAAUUUGGCAACAUAUCAGUUGUUAGCACUUAUCCAACAAUUCCGUACAACGUCAUCUACUCAUAUUUUGGAGAAGACAAUCACCAAGAAACAACCAUGA